AUGGCAUCCAUAACCCGAUCCAGCACUAUGCCGCAGCUGUCGGCGCCAUCUCCUGCACCUUCGGAGUCCUCCAUACAGCCUACAAGGCCCAGCCUUGAGCCCGAGGGGGAAAUCUUAGCUACGCGGGGUCAGCGUCUAGCUAGUCUUCUUCGCCGACGCUCGGUCUCUUCCCAGGGCCACGAAUUCGAUGAUCAUAUUCGGCCCGAGGAAGGUCAGGGUCCUCGCGACGCCGACACUCCAUGGGAACGCGCCUUACGCUUGAUUGGGGAUAGUAGACCGAUCUACAAUUGGCAGCUUUACUACCAGCCGCCGGAGACGCUGAAGAAAAUGCGGGGAGCUGUUCGCGAGUAUUACGAACACAAUAACAAGCUCAUAUCGCAAUACGUCUUUAUUGAUCGACUACUCGACUCAUCACUCCCUCAUCGCCUGAUCGACGACUACCAACACCCGCGAUUCAGCCCCUGUGGACAGGAUACCGUUGGCCCCACGAAUGGGGAAGCACACGAGCAAGGCCAUUAUGGCGCGACUGAAGGAACAGGGAAAAUUAAGCGGACCCCUCGGAAUCUCUACCGCAUCCCCAGUGAAAGCUCGCUGCUCCUGCCGCCGGUUGCAGACGAGAACGCUCCCUCGCCCGAUCUAUUACCCAAGGAUGAUGAUGGCUUUGUGGACAGCGGAGAUCGUGUUGUUACUGUGGCUAUAUACGUCAACUUCGUCGCGAAUGUCUUCUUGCUGGCGGCAAAAAUUGUCGCCAUGUCGAUGACGAAUUCGCUUUCGGUGCUUGCCAGUCUGGUCGAUGGUGCAUUAGACUUCCUCAGCACCGCGAUCGUUUGGUUUACCACCACGCUUACCAAUAAAGAGAACAAAUACCAAUACCCUAUCAGUCGGCGGCGGCUCGAGCCUUUGAGCGUCCUCGUCUUUGCCGUCGUGAUGAUGACAUCCUUUGUGCAGGUGGCCUUGACCUCGGCCGGUCGACUUGUGUCGGAUGAUCACUCCGUGGUCCAACUGACGGUGCCUUCGAUUGCUGUCAUGGCCAGCACGGUCGUUGUCAAAUUGGCGUGCUGGUUGUGGUGUCGCAUGAUUAAGAAUUCUAGUGUCCAGGCUUUGGCCCAGGACGCAAUGACUGAUGUGGUCUUCAAUCUCCUCAGUAUUCUAUUUCCGUUGAUUGGCUCUUUUACGGGAACCUGGUUUGUCGACCCUUUGGGCGGCCUGCUGCUCUCUUUGUAUAUCAUCUGGAACUGGGGCGGGACCGCCGCCGAACAUAUCCGCCAUCUGACCGGUGCCGCGGCAUCACCUACCGACCACAGCAUUCUGCUCUACAUGACUAUGCGAUUCUCGAAGUCGAUCCUAAACAUCCAGAACUUGAAAGCGUACUAUGCCGGCGAUUUACUGAAUGUGGAGGUCGACAUCGUCCUGGAGGAGAAAACUAGCCUCCGUGACAGCCACGAUGUGGGGGAGAGUCUGCAGUAUAUGAUCGAAAGCGUGCCCACCGUCGACCGCGCGUUUGUACAUCUGGAUUACGACCCGUGGAACAUUCCCAGUCAUAUGAAUCAGCGCGAGACAUAG